CACCAAAAUGCAUAUUCCAGCGCCCGCUUGUAGCAUUUCGUCAUACAUGGUGUAGCUGCAGUAAAUGUCGAGAGCUUAUUAGCUCCAUGCUUGUACACAUAGAUUGGGAUAAUCCAAGCAUACAAACUACCAUACAACCGUUUUAUCAUCGUUCCUUCUGUGGCGUAUGAUCGUUUUCAUAGCAUGGACGGCCUUGACGACUUUGAAAAGUCGCUAGCUGCAGAGAAGGCUCAGCGCGAGCGUGCCGAAGAGCGUAGCAAACGAAGCGAUCCUGAAGACGAGCAUCGGCACAAACGCUCGCGACACUCCAAGGACAACCAAGAUGAUCCGGGAGAACACAGACGGCACCACCAUCGUCAUCGACACCGAGAGCAUGGCCGAGACAGUGAAGGAGAUGCGAAAUUGACUCAGGAGCAGCACGGUCACCUGAAGGCGUCUGACCCAAAGGCAGAUCUGCCCCUGCCCGACGAAGAGAUCGCUGCCGAGGAUGCGCAACCCGGGAAACUGGCCAGAGACGAUUGGAUGACAUAUCCAUCCGCCCUCGGCAUAGACUAUACACAGAGAGGUGCAAAGCGCGAAAAGACACCGCCACCGUCGAAAGAACCGACGCGAGCCAUACAUUCGCGAGAGAUCAAUGCCGCCGAGCUACAGCAUCUCAACCAGGGCAAGGCCUUGGACGAACUCGACAGACCUGCUCAGCAUGACGUGGCGUAUACUUUUGGGGACCAAGGUAACCAUUGGAGGAUGACGAAGCUCAAGGCCGUCUACAAGGCUGCCGAACAGACCGGUCGGCCAGUCGACCAGGUAGCAGCGGAGAGGUUUGGCGAUUUACGCGCCUUUGACGAUGCUAGGGAAGAGCAGAUUGAAAUGGACAGGCGCGCAACGUACGGCGAAGGCUAUGUAGGCAAAGAGAAACCCAGCGGAGAGCUAUUCCAGGAGAGGAAGUUGAAGAUGGGCUCUCGCGAGGAGAGACAGCGAUCAGCAGACCAGAGAGACCUUGACCAGGGCACCGUCAUCCCCGACGAUGCUAUGAUUCGAUCUGCAACAACUAUUGAUCAGUCGGCGCUAAACAAGAUGCGCGCUCAGAUGAUGAAGGCCAAACUAAAGAAGGCGCCAGAUGCUGCCAAACUAGAGGCAGAGUACAAUGAAAUAGCGGCAGCUUUUGCAGAACAGGGACCAGGUGCCGUUGUCCUGGGUGUCAUGGAGAACCGACUGCUUGCUGGUACCAGGGGCGAAGCCAAGGCUGUCGAAACCAAACGAGGAAGAGAACGGGGUCACAUGGAGCAAAAUGACGAGAUGACGAUCGAAGACAUGGUGCGAGAAGAGCGGCGAACAAGAGGUCAGCGAGGAGGCGAAGGGUUGCGAUUGGCUGAGCGCAUCGCCAAGGACGGAAAGUUCGACGACGACCUCGACUACAUGGAUGAGAAUGCAGAGAAGCUUGCUAAACGCAUUCAAAAGUCCGAAAUCAACCUGAGAAAUACGGCUGUCAACGAGUUUCAGAAGAUCAACAGCAUACUGGACAAGUGUCAGCUCUGCCACCACGAAGACAAGAAUCAGCUACCUGUUGCGCCCAUGAUAUCCUUGGCUACCCGGGUAUAUCUGACCCUGCCUACUGAGCCGGAGCUGGCUGAGGGUGGCGCGGUCAUCGUUCCUAUUCAACACCGCACCAAUCUGCUGGAAUGCGACGAUGACGAAUGGGAGGAGAUGCGCAAUUUCAUGAAGUGCUUGACACGGAUGUAUCACGACCAAGGUCGUGAGGUUGUCUUCUACGAAAACGCAGCUACUCCCCAACGACACAUGCACGCUGCAUUACAGGCCGUCCCAAUCCCCUAUGAGCUUGGCGAUACAGCGCCGGCUUUCUUCAAGGAGGCUAUGCUUUCUGCGGAUGAGGAGUGGUCGCAGCAUAAGAAGAUCAUCGACACAGGCGCCAACGCGAGGAAUGGUAUGGGAAAACUGGCGUUCCGCCGGUCCAUCGCGAAGGAGAUGCCCUACUUCCAUGCCUGGUUCACAUUGGACGGUGGUCUGGGCCACGUAGUCGAGGAUGCAAACCGUUGGCCAAAGGGUGAUCUCUUCGCGAGGGAAAUCUUGGGAGGCAUGUUGGACGUUGGGCCAGAUGUGAUCAAGAGACAAGGCCGGUGGCACAAAGACGACAGCAGAACCGAAGCUUUCAAGAAGAAAUGGCGAAAGUUUGACUGGACCAGAGUGCUAUCUGAUGGUCAGUAG